AUGAAUCCUAAUCCUUUUAAUGCACCUUUUUCCAGUUCCGAUGACGUUGUUAAUUUUGUACGAACGAACGCAACGGCAUGCAUCUUGAACUCUGACCAUUUGUAUCUUUAUGAGACGCCAACCGAAUCCCAAACGAGAGGACAGGGAAACGGUCGCUCAAGAAAUAGGGUUUCAUGUCAUCGUUUAAACUCAUUACUGUCUCUAAAAGGAGUAUUGCCUUCUAACUCCCCUUUGGUGCCUCCUUUGGCCUUCAGGCGUUUUUUCCAAUGCCGUAUCGAGGUCAGUAGUCUAUUUAAAGUUGCCGAAAGUUAUUUUCGUCCGGCCAUCUACCCAGACUCGACCUUGCUUUGCCUCAUUUCGUUGCUCCCUUCCAAACCAUUGCACCUAGUGCAAGAAAGUCAUUCUUUAAGCGACGAUCUUUUCAUUUUGUGGCUCUUGGAGCUACCGCUAGCGAGUGGAAAGAACGAACUAUUUACCAGUGCGUGGUUCUUUAUUUCUUUGCUCAUCAGUCCUUCUUGCUUACAGUCGCUACUCAGAAUUAUUACCGACCGAUUCGCUCUGCAUUCAUCCCUCCCUCAAUCAACACCUUGCAACGUCGCGGAUCAAGCAUUCUGUGGAGGAACAUGGAACGCUAUCACCGAGAAUCUGGACUAUAUCCAAUCAAUGGGCUUCUCCGCUAUCUGGAUCUCUCCCGUACACAAGAAUUACGACGGUCCACGUACGGCAUAUGGAGACGCAUACCAUGGAUACUGGGUGACUGAUAUUGGCCAGCUCAACGAUCGGUUUGGUACAGCUGCAGAUUUGAAGAGUCUCAGCGAUGAAGAGCAAUACCACCCCUACUGCCCUAUGCGAUAUGGAGAUAUGCAAUCAGAGCAGCAUUGCUGGAUGGGAGAUACCAAGGUUGCACUAAUGGACGUGAAUACCGAAGAUCCCGAAGUUAUCUCAUCCUACUCCUCUUGGAUCAAAGAUUUUGUCCAGCAAUACAAUAUCGAUGGCCUCCGUCUUGAUGCAGCAAAACAUGUCCGAGGUGACUUUUGGCCACCGUUCUGUCAAACCGCCGGAGUCUUCUGUAUGGGCGAAGUUUAUGAGCAGGAAGCGACGAAAGGCGCACUUUGGCAAACGGACUCGCUGAACCCUACGGCCAGCUCGUCUGCCACUGGCGGCAGUGGUUCGGACCCGGCCGGCAUGGACAGCAUCUUGAACUUUCCUCUCUAUUGGACGCUGGAUAAUACGGGACUGGGGCAGCUGUACAGAGGCUUUGGGAUGGGCGUUG